AUGUUUUCGUUGUCAUCAUUGAUUCUACAAGCACCGCGCGAUGCAACCAUGAGACUCAUGCUAAGUUUACUGCAGCGUAACCUUUUACCUGACGCCCUCGUUAGAAGCCUCAUACGGAGGUUCUUAGCCAGUCGGCUUCGCUACUCUUACAAACCUUCAUGCCAACUCCAACACUCCGAACUUCUCCAAUUUAUACAUUCACUGAAAGAAAUUCCUAUGUCACUUAUUAAUAUAACCGAUCAGCGCGCCAACAUUAUGGUCUCUGGAGACAAUAUCAAAUUAAGGUUUUCUCAUUCUUAUCAUCUACCAUACAUUAUUACUAUCAUUUCCUACUAAUUCUCAUUUUUGCUGAUUCUUAAUAAAUGCAGUUGUUGUUACUUCAUCAAUAAGUGAAGCACCUUAGAGGAUGCUGAGGAAGCCAUGUUAAAGUUGUACUGUGAGAGAGCCCGGAUCAAAGAUGGUCAAACCAUUCUGGAUGUUGGAUGUGGACAUGGAUCACUCUGUCUCUACAUUGCACGAAACUAUAAAAGCCGCAGGGUUACUGGGAUUACCGAUUCGACAUCACAGAAAGCAUAUAUUGAUAAGCAGUGUCGGGAUCUUCAGUUACAAAAUGUAGAGAUCAUCGCUGCAUAUAUUAGAACAUUUGAAAAUGAAGCGACCUAUGACCGAGUAUUAUCGGUCGAAAUGUUUGAGCAUAUCAAGAACUAUAAAGAUCUUCUCAAGAAGAUAUCAGGGUGGAUGAAGCAGGAUAGCCUUCUAUUUUUUCAUCAUAUGUACCAUAAAACAUUUGCCUAUCAUUUGGAGGUGCCCUUCAUUCAUAUUGCUAAUUUUUAAAUGGAGCAAUAGUUAAGCAGUACUAUUAACUUAAUACUUCAAAUGAGAAAUGCAUAAAGAACAAAUUUAGUAAAAUGGCAUUUCUGGCCCUUGCCUAAAUAUACAGAGACUAAUUGAAGAUUACUGGAUUAGUAAGUACGAUUGGCUGACCGCAAAUUUCUUUGGCGAAGGUGUAAUGCUUUCGGCUGAUCUACUGCUUUAUUUCCA